GCUUUAAAUAGCGCCGAGCCGCCGAGCCGCGCCGAGCCGAGCCGAGCAUGGGGCCGCUGGCGCUGCUCGGCCUCCUGGGGGCCGCCGCCCUGGCAGGUGUCAGCACAGUGCCAGUGGCCAAAGAGCACCUGGAGGAAAUGGUGACGGAGUGCAUCGUGGAGGUGCUGUCCAACGCGCUCUCGAAGCCCAACGCGCCGCCCAUUAACCCUGACUGCAGGGAGAUCCUGAGGAAGGGUGGUGGAAACAACAGAGAGAGAGGUGAAAACAACCAGCUUGAGGUGAGGCACUCCACAGACACAGCAGAGACCGACAAACAUCUUCCUGGCAGCCUGGAGGAGGAACACAGGCAGGCAGAAGGGGAGGCAAAGGAGUCCGUGAACGGAAGCGAGGAGGAGAAACUUGCUGAGGAGCAAGGCACAAGCAAGGAAGAGGAGGAUGGACACCAGGCUGAAGAAGAGAGGCUUCAUAGAGAAGAAAAGAAACACUACCAAGAGAUUAGAGAGGAGGAGGAGAAGAGCUUCCAGAGUGAGGAAGAAAGCAAAGGCAGCAAACGCCUUGCCAAGCAGGUGGAGCUCGCUGUGCUCAGCAGGAAGUCCUCCUCUGGAGGCCUGAGCGCAGAGCAGCUCCCUGCUGGCAGCAAGCAGCACCCCACCGGCCGCUGGCACUCGGAGGAGGGGAGGCAGAGCCCUUACAAGAGAGUUCCUGAAGGGGAAGAGGCAGAGGAAGAAAGGAGUGAAAAAUCGCAGCAGGAGUCGCAGGAAGGGGAUGUCUCCCGGCAGCAGGAGCGUGCAGAGUCUGAGGAGAGGGCAGACACGCAGGAGGAGAAGCCACCCUACGGUCUCAGGAGCUAUGGGAAGCACAGAGGUGGUGACUCUGAAGAGAAGAGAGGCCGUGGUGGUGAGAAGGAGGAAUCCAGCCGAGAGGAGGCCCGCCCCUGGGACAAAAGGAACCACCACCAGAAGCAUGGGGAAACCUCCCAGCAGCAGCAGAAGAGCGGUUACCAUGGGAGGCAUGGGGCUGAGGAGGAAGAGAGGAGGACUGUGGGCCAGGGAAGGGAGGAGUACAGAGAGAGGUGGCAGCAGAGUGAGGAGAGCAGCGAGGAAGAAGAAGAAAAGAGUCAUCAGCACAGGGAGAGCGACGAGCAAUGGCAGGAGGAGAGGAAGCACCGCGACGGAGCGCGGCAGGCCAGCAGGCGCCGCUCCCAGGGCAGGACGCGGCUUGAAGGGGCGAGCGAGGAAGGGCUGGACGCGGGCCUCGGUGGUGGCAGCAAGGAGCAGCAGCAGGGAGGCAGAUCCAGCCGCUGGGGCGCCCAAGGGGAAGGGCCACAGGCAGCCUACGCUGGGGAGCGCAGGGGGCAGCCCAGGACGCACCACGGCCCCGGGGACGGCGCGGAGCAGCUGCGCGACCUGCGGAACGGCCAGCAGGAGGAGGAGGAAGAGGAAGAGGUAGCAAAGCAGCAUCAGAGCAGCGAUCAGGUGGAAGAUGAAGAGGAGGACGUGGAGGAGGGAAGAUAUGCGGAGAGGGAAAGCUCCAGGAGCCGCUUCCCUGCAGAGAAGGAGAAGAGGAGGGCGGCAGCCUACAGCCAGCUCUACCCUCUGCUGUGGUGGCCAAGCCGGCACCUGGAGAAGAGGGACGGCGCCGGGGACAAGGAGGAAGGCAGCCCCAGCCUGGCCGAGAAGAGUCUGCUCCCGGAGUACAGCGACUACGAGUGGUGGGAGAAGCAGCAGCUGCUGGGCAAGCUGCAGCAGGGGCGCCCGCAGCAGGGCAGCCCUGGCACGGCCGGCAGGGCGCAGGGCGAGAGGCAGCAGCACAAGGUGCAGCAGCUGGCACAGCUGCUGAGCUACAGGAAGAAAGCCGCCGAGUUCCCGCAGCUCUACUCCUCCAGAGAGGACACCGAGCGACGUCAGGCCGGCAGGAGCGACAGGAGCCUGAGCCAGAGUCCCCUGACAGAGGAGGAGGAAAAGCAGCUGGAGAACCUGGCUGCCAUGGAACUGGAGCUGCAGAAAAUAGCCCAGAAGUUUAAAGACAGCAGGAGAGGCUGAGCUGCUUUGGUGUUUGAGCUCAGUGCAGCUGUACUCAGUACCUGUCUCUUGUGGUAAGUUCCCUGCCACUGGGUUGUUGUUUGCCCUCCAAGCAGAAGCUGUUUCCUGCCCACUGUAGCACAGCAAAGCACCGCAGCUGGAGGUGCCUUGCACUUGCUGCCAUGCUGUGGAGCCCUGGGGAGCAUGGCUGUAGUGCUGCCAGCCUGCCAGGCCAGGCAGGGGGGGGAGUGUUUAACAUGCU